AUGUCGACCAUUAGUAUGGCUGGAGAAUUGAUUGGGCCGGUUUUCCUAUGUAUACAAGAACCUACAGGAAAACUAGGACCGCGUGUUACACAAUCAAUUUAUCAAGCGAGUAACAUUCAUGUUAGCUGUAGUAAGAGUGGAAAACUGACUAAAACACAUAUUCAGUAUUGGGCUGAAAAUGUUGUAAGUCCAUCGAUUUCUGAAGAUUGUUUACUGUUGCGGGACUCGUGGUCAGGUCAGACUGAUCCUAAUAUUUAUGAUGAUAUUUUCAUUAAAAAUAUCACUUGUAAGCAAAUGCAGAUUCCACCAAAAACAGCCGCUGAUAUUCAACCAUUCGAUCGUUAUUUUUUUCGACAAUGGAAAUAUUUCAAACAAAACAUUUAUGAUCGAGUUGCCAUUGAUCAAAUAAACAUUGACAUCUGUUCUAGAAACUGCAUUUUAAAAAUGCAUUCUUUGAUACAUAAUCAAGUAUCAGCUAAAACAUUCUCACCUAUGAUCAAAUAUUCUUGGUAUUCGAGCGGCUACACUUCAAAAGAUCCUGGUCAUUCUGAGAAUGUUCAUGAUGUGCGUUUUUCCUUCGAUGAAGAUUUCUGUUCUACGGUAGCGUGCGAUGGCUACUCUUUCAUUUGCUGCAGCCAUUGCCGACGUAUUCUUUGUUUCAACCACUUUUUUGUAAAUGAUCAUAAACAUUAA